UGAUGUUGGUUUUUUGGACUUGUUCCCGGGUGACUACUUGCGCAAUCUCGUCACAAACACCAGCCUGCCUUUGACUCUGAACAACAACACACACAUCACAGAUAUUGACAUGACUACCGUGUGUGGGUUAAAUGGAACAGAAUAUGAGUGCAAGUGCGAGGAGCAGCAUUUUUGGCCCAAUGACACUUGCAGGGCCUAUCAGGUGUGUGAUGGCACUGUGGGAGGCACUUGUGGAUGUAUUCAAGCUCUCCCUUUAGAGGGUCCACUUUGCCAGAGAGAUAUAAAUGAAUGUCAAUUCAGUCCAUCUGUAUGUGGUCCAAAUUCCACCUGCACAAAUCAGUUGGGAAGUUACAAUUGCUCAUGUUUGGAUGGAUUCACUGCAACAAACUCAAGUCUCCCCAUCAGCAUCAAUAACAUCUGUACAGAUGUGAAUGAAUGUCUUAAGACAUCAGAGUUCUGUGGUCCAAACUCUCAUUGCACCAACUCAUUUGGGAGUUACAGUCUGUUCUUGCUUGAGUGGAUUUACUGUAACAAAUAG